AUGGCAUCAAGACGAGGAUCCGGUCUCCCCACCGUCAGCAGGCUCAUUGCAGGCUACGGCAGCCUCUCCGUCCCGACGCUUCUGGAGCCCCUCGCUGACAACUUCCAUCAUCGCGUGCUACCGGAAAGUCUGGACAUGCCUGCGCGGGACAAGGAGUCAUUUGCCCAGCAUGCGACCGGCGUCUUCAGUAUCUUUGAAAAGUUCCAAAUGAUCCCAAUGUCCACCUACGAAGACCGCGAGUCUGGCACGGUCGUGGUGCAUACGCGCAUGCAGGGCACGAUGAAGCAGAACGCGAUGGAGUGGCGGAACGAGUGCAUCAUGCUGAUCGGCCUAUCGGAAGACGGCAGCCAGGUCGUCGAGAUCACCGAGUUUGUCGACAGUGCCAAAGCCACGCAGAUGCGGCAGAAACACGCGCCCGAAGUGUUCAACGGGAAUCCCCCCGCCACUGGGCGGCUCGAGAACCUUAUCCCUAGCUUUAGACAGAUCGCCAUGACUUGCAUAGUAUAUCAGCUGGGAUUGUCCUUGACGCUAUUUCUGAUUGGCAAACUCCCAAAGGUUUGGUAG